UCGUGUUCCCUUUGCACAGACGAGCUUAACGAAAGAUAUCAAGGACAUAUUUCAGCGAUCUAAAUUUAGAAAGCGCCUCUUCAUUCCGGGAGAAAUGUCUCAGCGAUUAUGAGGGGAGAGGAAGGUACGUCUUGGGAAUCGUUAGACCCACGUGCAUCGGCCUCGUACAGCACACUUGUGUGAUUUCCUGACUUGAGUAGGGCACUAGUUAGGAGAAGGAAGUCCGUCAUUAGUGUCGUCAGUUGACAAUAAGGGGCUCUUCUACCCUCUCAUUUUAAUCGAGGAGCAUACACAUCAUAGGUAUCUAGACGCUGAGAGACUCUUGUUAGUCCUGUUUGUCUUUGUUGGUGGAGGAUUCUUUUUGUUGUUGUUGUUGUGCUAUUAAAUGAAUUAAUGUUUUCAGCAUCUGAUAGUGAUAGACUUUCUGAUACCGUGUAGUCAACACAAACUCUAAGAACUCUAAGAGAGAAUUACAUGUAGGAGUUACAGCUACUUUGGAUCCAGCUUUUUACAGGCAGAAUCACAGCUGUUUGGAGCCUUAUCAUAUUUCCGUUGAUGUGUGAAAGUUAAGAGUCAGAAGCAGGUGCUCAACAGGAAGCCAUCACUAUGGCAACUACAUCACCAGCAUGGAUGCUGUCAUUAGCAUACCUUCUUGUUUUAUUGUGUAAAGAGUGCCAUUCGUUAACAGAAUACAACCUUCAUUUAGAGCAAGAAGAAGCAAUAUACAAUCCUGAAUUCAGAGAAAACCAUGUACAUCGGACAGUCCGACAAGCAGUAGACAAUACUCCAGUUACAGAAAAUAUCACAACAGUGGAUAAUCAUAAUUACUACAGUGUGGCGUACUACUCAAGCGUUAAUAACGAGGGCAAUCGACGUUGGGUCGAUCUGACGAAGCUUAAAGCCAAGAAACAUCCAAACUUGUCGACCAACCCGAGAUUAGCUGCAAAACUGCAAUUAGAAUUUGAUUUUCCCUACUAUGGACACAACGUGACAGAGUUGUUCCUGACAACAGGAGGUUUUAUGUACCUGGGCUCCUAUGUUCAUCGAUAUCUGGCAGCGACACAAUACAUUGCCCCUCUUAUGGCGAACUUUGACCCCGCAGCGUCAGUUAACUGCUCUAUAAAGUACUUUUCUAAUGCCUCCCUGUUCAUUUCUGAAUGGACCAAUAUUCAGCUUGGAGACAACCCAACCGCUGGUCUCUUCUCCUUCCAAAGCACCUUGAGGGACAACGGACAGAUAACCUUUGCUUACAAGCAGCGAGGAACAAACCCAUUAAAUGUCUUUGUUUUGUUUGAAUGUGAACAGAUUCCAAUCCCCAUUGCUAGUAUCUCUGACGAGGCUCACCCUAUGAAGAUGGGCAUUGCUGAUGCUUUCUACAUCGAUCAGAAGCUGAGCCAGUGGAUCAAAAAGAGGACCAUUUAUGAAUACCAUCAAGUUGCCUUGAAUACAGCAUUGGUAAUCAACGCUACUGCCGUCACAAUCACUCCACUUCCAACCUGUAAUUUGCACAUGGAUUGUGAGUCUUGUGCUAACAGUCAGAUCUACUUCAACUGUACCUGGUGCUCCACGGCUAAACGCUGCUCAGACGAUGGCCUCGAUAGACAUAGACAAGCAUGGAUUACAUCCCAGUGUGACAAAGAUGUUAAUACUGCUAAUGUUCCGUACAACUGCCCUCUACCGACGAUAAAACCAACGACCAAAGCCCCAAGGUCUACUAUGGGAAAACACCCUUCAAUCUACACAGACUGCUCAGAAGGCAUAGGUUGUCUGAAUGGUGGAGCUUGCCGCUAUGGAGAAUGUAUAUGCCCUACAAUGUACACAGGAAGGCGGUGUGGAAAAUACUCACCGAGGGGAGAUGGAAACAACAAGGGUGGUCAGAUGGCUCAGGCAGGUGACGGCUCAUCCAAGGACGGUACCACUAAUGCUCUGAGGAUCGGGAUCAUCGCCGGGUCCAUUGCCAUUGGUGUUCUAGUCCUGGUCCUGGUCGGCUGGAUCUUCUAUGCCUACACCAACCCCAACACCAACUCUGGACUGUUCCUAAUUGAGAUCACAAAGUUUCGCCUGAGGAAGAAGGAAGAGAACGGCAUCGGGUACCAUUAUCAUAAACCAGACGACAACGAGGAGGUGGAUAUUAUUAUAUGAGCAACGAGACUUCCUCCAGAGGUAUCUCACAACAAAAAUAUGUCAUAGAAACAAAGGAAUUGGAAUCAACGUACCUCAAAGAGUUGCAAUGCCUUUCAGCUCGUACAUGGGUGGAGAAGUUUUUAAAAAAAUGCUAUGAUUUUGCCUUAAAAUAUGAUUUUAUUGAUCAGAGGAAGUUGUGCGUUAUUUCUAGCUAGUCCUGUAGAAUUAAGUUGCUUGCUAUGGAGUCAUAAGCGAGAGUAAUAUCUUUAUUUUGUGGUACGGGUGAGAAACCUUGAGAGUUCUGAAGUCUUCAACGUUCAAGCAACUUGAUGAGCCCGAUCAUCUGCAUCAUAAAUGAAGUUGUUGUAUGAAGAAUGGAAAUGUGCUUGAGUAUACCAUGUUUCUACUUGUUUCUUUCGUGGCUCCAUGGUUUCUUCUCAUCAGGCAAACCCUUUGGUUACAUUGGCAUUGUGACAAGCAGAUUUUGCUCCUCACAAUGAACCCUAUCAUACAUUAUUUGCAGGUUUUGUAAGUGUAUCAACAAUUUACUAUUACAGCUUGUCGUUGCCAUGGGUUUGUCUGUAUGUGUAAAGCAUAGAUAUUGGAAGAUGCUGACCCAGUAUUCUUUUUUUUUGCGUAGGCAAUCAUUGCAUUGAAUUUACAUCAAGCAAUCAAGCAAGAGAGCUAUAAAAGAGCUAAAAUAUUAUAGUAGAUCUGGGGGUGUUUCACCAAGCCUUUUUUCAAUGACAAAUGACCCCAAAACAGUGACAAAUCUGCUGAUAACCAAUCAGAAGCAAGGAUCAUAGUAGCUUAUAACAAAAACUGUCAUUUGUCACUGAUGACAAGUUUUGUGAAACACCCCCAGGAUGCUCUUGUUCAUACUGUGUUUGAAAUCUGAAAAAUGGAAUACUGGGUAAGAAGAAAAGAUGCAAAUAAUUAUUUUUUAAAACUAUUUAAGUCCAGUUCUUUCUCCUGGCCCGGUGCUUGGAUUUUGCAUGGAAGUGUUUUGGUCUCAUACAAUUGCAAAAUGUAAGCUAAUCUGAAGCUUAGACUACAAUUUUGAUGCUCUUAUCGAAUAAAAAAAAUUGUAUGAGAAACAUUUGUUUGCGAAACCCAGCAAUCUUUAAUGGGAAAUAAAUGUAUUAUUUUACUGCUUUGCUUUUCAUUUCCAUUAAUUUGAUUUUCAAUUUUAAUUCUUGCAUGUUUAAUGGUGAGGAAAUUGAUCACUUGUGCAAUUUGCUUUUCUAUGAUGUAUUUUUAAAUGAGAUACCAUGUGGAUUGGUGUGUGCUUUGGGGCACAAGCAUUGGAAAGAAAGAGAAAGAACAAAAAAUCAUGAUUGCAAUAAUUCUCCUGUAAUGGAGAUCCAUGUUUGGUCUUCAGAUUGUUACAUUUUAUGUAUUUCUAUUUCUGUUAUUCUGUGAAAUACUAUUGUGAAGAAAGGAAAUUUUGUCUAAAAGGGAAAAUCUUUAUUAUAGAGAUGAAUUUUCUUCUUUUGAUUAUAGUUUAUGGGUUACAUUGUCAAUUUAUUGCCUUUUAAGAAACAAAUUUUGAUGUUGUGCUCGGGAUUUUCAUGUGUUAUAUAUAUAUAUAUAUACUUUGCAGAGAAAUAUGACGCAUUUUUUGUUUUUCGGUUGUUAAUAGCUUUGACUAUUGGCACUUUGCAAUUCAUGGCUCUGAUGACAGAAAAUUAAUUGUUAAACCUCUGUGGAACUGCUUUAUUCAUUGAAGUACAAUAAGUGUUUAUUCUUUGAUUCAAAUUGAUUUGUAAAUAUUGGCAGUUUUAUACUUCCAUCAAGUGAAUGAUUUUAUAUUCUUCUAUGGAUUGGAUCAUUUAUUGGUCAAAAUGUUGAAUGUUGAUACAAUUGUGAUAAAAUACCAUUGUACAUUAUUGUUUAAAUUGGAUACCUUGCCCUACGUGUAUUGAAAUGAUUAUUAGUUGCUGAUAAGUCAUUAUAGAGUCUAUGUAUUCUCUUUGAAAAACAAAUUUAAUAGACAAAGCUUCAUGCCAGCAUGGGUUAUCUUUCCUUAAAUAGUAAAUGACUAGGACCAAGGCUUGAAUUUUGCAAGCUAAACAAGCUGUCUAUGUUGCCCGACUAACGGCCAUAUAAAAAUUAAUAUUACGCGAUAGCCUGUAAUCUAUUAUUUCUGUUGGUUCAGAGAUCUGUUGAAAUGAAUUAAUCAUGUUGGUCAUUAGACAAACUGAUUAUUACAUUGAUCUAAUCUUGUUCCACAUGUUUAAUGCUUUCAAUGCGGCAUAGCAGCUGCAAUCAGCUGCAUUGCAACCUACAAACCUUAGACAAAUUCUUUUUUCAUCCAUUUGCUGUACAUAUUUCCUCCUUAUUUUACACAUCCCCCCCCCCAAGUGUGUAUAUUUUUGAACUAUUUUGUAGUGCUGUCAUGGUGGUACAUUUGUGCAAUGUAUAGUACAAAUUUUUUAAUAUAUUUGCAAUGUGAUGAGUCACACUGUAUUAGGCUUAUGGCUCAAAAUGGAAUAUCAGGGCUACUGUAUAUCUUUUGAAUUUUUGAAUUUAAAACAAUCAGUUUCAAGUUGCAAGCCAAAGUAUACAUGUAUGUGGGGGGCUACCUAUGUGAAUCUAUUUUUACUUGAACAGACAUAAUAGAAAUAGUAAUGGAAACCAGGGUAUUCAAUGUAAUUUCAAUUUUGUAUUCAAAUAGACGUACCGAUAUUGUCGGUAUAUGACCAAGUAAAUAUAAAUCUGUGUGAUGCCUGAAAGUAAAUGACAUUUUACUGAAAAAUAUCUGGGAAGCAGAUACGUACAUGUCGAGUGUACUAUGAAUUCAACGUUUUUGUGAGCUUGUGUUCAUAUAUAAUGUUGGAUCUGGUAUAAUUUUUAGGAGAUUUCUAUCCUUGUAUGAAAUCUAAUUUUUUUUUGUAACCCCCCUGAUACAUUUGGUAAUGUAUGGUUUUUCUCAUGUCUUGAUAUUAUUCAAGGUUAUUUGAAGAAAAAAAAAAUGUUUAUUUCUAAGUUAGCAUAGUCAGCUGAAUUGUUUUGUGAUUAGAAAUAUGGCAAAGAUGCAGAGACUUCCAAAAUACAUGUUUAAUCAAAUUCAGAUUAUAUACCGUUUUAUAACACUCGUUAUCUUUUCAUUUCAACGUACCCAAGAAAUGACUCCUAUGUUAAAUUAUUUUAAGAAACCAUCAGCUGAUUAGUAAUUUAAAUUUUUUUUUUUGCUGGAAGUAAGGGUUCAAUAUAAUAAGCAAAGUCUCUUGUUUUAUAAAGCCAUGUCUUUCCUUCAGUGUUUAUGUGCUCCUUUCUUUUUCUUCACACCGUGUUUCCGUUAAUAUACAACUUAUAUUUCGGAGCUGAAUUAGUCAGGUAUUAAAAUUCAGUUUGAGAAAUAAACAACAUAUUUUAGGUAAACGAAGAGAAAUUACUCAUAUUGAUAAUUACUACAUGUAUGUAGCAAUCAGAAUGCACAUUUUUUUAAACAGUAAUUCAAAAUGUGAUGCUUUACAAAGUAUGUGUAUAUUUUAUUUUAUUCUUGUUUAAAGAAAGUACAUGUAUUCUUUUUACCAGGCCUGUCUACAGGUUAUAAGAAAAAAUUAUGUGUACAAUAAAUUAUGUACAUUCAUCUGUAAAGAGUUAUACAUAGUGAAAAUGUGUUAAAUUCCCAUUUUCACCAAAAAAGUGUGAGCUUGAGCAAGCAAAACAAUCAUGCAGGUAAUGUGGAGUUCUGGCAAGGAUGGAAAUAUACAUAAUUAGUCUUUAUAACUGCAUUCAGCAUUUUGUCUCUGUUGUGAAUGAUCAAAUCUGAAUUAAAAUGUUGUUUUUUUGAAAAAUUUGAAAUGAUGAAUUGGCAGGAACCCUCAUUUCUGAGUUCAUCUACCAGACAUUUUCAAACGAUCAAAACAUUUUAUUGGUAAGUAGAGUACAAGUAAUUAACUUUUGAAAAUAGAUUUCUUAUCCAGAAUUCCACAUUACCUGCAAGACAUACAAAGGAAUUUAUACUUGGUAAUAUAAGCAAAGAUAAACAUUUGUGUCUUUCUUUUGCACUUCAACACAAUUAUUUUGUUUUUAUGAAAGAAAGUUUAUCAAGAGCUGUACCUUACCUGCAAGAUAAGUUUAUAAAUAAAGUAUAUGCAGAUAUUACCGUCAUGCUUGUGUUCACUUUGAUACAUUGUACAUGUUUAUGUAUAGCACAGAGGAAAUAUUUUAACAUGUUUCUUUUCAUUGAAAUACAUUUCUAAUUGUAUGUA